AUGGCAGGAGUGGAAGCAGCAAUGAUGGAACCAGCAGCACAGGAUGUGCCAGAAGUUGAUGAAGGUCUCUUCCUCGGCCCCGACCUGUGCUGCCGGGAGCACGACCACUGCUCGGCGCAGAUCACGGCGCUGCAGUUCAACUACGGCAUCCGCAACUACCGCCUGCACACUGUCUCUCACUGCGACUGCGACGCCAGGUUCCGGCAGUGCCUGCUGGCCCUCAACGACACCAUCUCCAACAUCAUCGGCGUCACUUUCUUCAACCUGCUGGAGGUGCCAUGCUUUGUGCUGGAGGAAAGCGAGGAGUGUGUGCAGUGGCACUGGUGGGGGGGGUGUGAGCGUUACGGUGUAGUACCCCUGGCCAGGAUGGUGCAGCAAAAUCAGUACCAGUACAGCCUGCCCACGGAGGAGAUAGGCACCUCUGUUGUGCAGCCCCUGGGCAAGAGAAUGAAGCCCUCUAGAGCAGGGCGCCCACACAGGGUGUGCAGGUGCUACAAGCACCUGGACAAGUGUGAGCACCAGAUCGCACCCCAUGAGGUGAAGUACCAGCUGCACAACGUGGGCACCCAGACACUCUUCCACUGCAACUGCACUCACAGGCUGGCACGGUUCCUGCGCAGGGCAAGGGUCCUAGGUGAUGUGGAGGUGGCUGCCCUGGCUGACCACAUUGCCACAGACUGCUUUGUUCUGGAGCCACCCACUGACUGCAACGAGGGCCUACAGCACAACUGUACUGCAGCGACCCAGGCUGUGCUAGUACCUGCACGGCAUCUCAAAAAGUCCCUGAGGCGCUGGCGUCUUCCACAUGUGACCUCUAAGGCUGAGCAUCCAGACUGGAAGACACAGGACAGCAGUGGCACUCUCUAUGAGCGAUGCCUGCAGCUGGCCUUAGAGUAG